AUGAAAAUCUCUCCCCUGUCCACUCCCUGCCAACACAUCCCCCCAUCCCCGCCCCCGCACUCCCCCGUCCCCCCCGCACAUAAUCCUCCAACACCCCGGCCCAACCUUACCCCCCGGCCGCCCAGAUCCUCCCCCCGCCCCCCCCGCCUCCCCGACUCCUCAUCGUUCACAACCCACCGGCAUCCCCCUCCCCCACCCUCUUCCAGUACUUCUCCUACACACCGACCUCCCACCCCACCCCCUCUCCACACCGCCCCGAACACUCCACCAGCUCUCUCUCGUCCCCACCCUCACCGCAACGCCGCCCACGAACAGGAACUCACCCCUCCACGACCCGCGGCGCACAACUCAACACAAGCCACCUAA